UGGAGAGCAGAGCGGAGCGACGGUGCGGAGGAGCGGAGGGAGCCGGACGGAGGAGCAGAAGGAGGACAUGCUGCUACUGAGAGAGGAGAGGAAAAGGAGCAGAAGGAUUGGAGAAAGGAGGAGGAGAUCGGGAGCUGCGGGAAAAGCGUUUUUACUCCUGCUUUUACUUCUGCUGCUGCUCAUGAACUUGGACUACAGAGCUGGACAACUGAGUUCUGACCACAGAGACACCGACUGACCACUCCAGCCGCUCCAGCCCGGCUGUGUUUCUGUUACUGAGGCAGGCGCGCGUUGGCCGUGCUAUGACACUGACACUGUGGAGGUCCCGCUAUGCACAGGACUAAGUCUGACGUUCUAAUGAUGAAGAGCAGGGGGGCUGGGCCGGUGGGCGGAGCCUGCCUACAGAACGGUGGCUCCUCCCCCUUCAGUAGCCACACCUCUUCCCUAAAGGCGGAUCCAGAGGAGGAAAGCCUGGAGGAUGUUCUUUCGGAGCUGGAGGCGGGGCCUGGGCUGGGGGUGGAGCCUGAGCUGGACGCUGAUGCAGGAUUGGAGGAGAACAGCAGCAGCAGUGUGACGGACUCCCAGAGCCCCGCCCCCACAGCCAGCUCUACAGACGUGUCUCAGACGUCUCCUUCGUCCCUUUCGGAGCAGCUCAUGUUGGGUCGAGAUGAAGCUGCUGGGAUAAACGUGGAAUGCCGGAUUUGUGGAGACAGAGCUUCAGGAUUUCAUUAUGGAGUGCAUGCAUGUGAAGGCUGCAAGGGUUUUUUCCGGCGGACGGUGCGAAUGAAGCUGGAGUAUGAGAAGUGCGAGCGGAGCUGUAAGAUUCAGAAGAAGAACCGUAAUAAGUGCCAGUAUUGUCGCUUCCAGAAGUGCAUGAUGCUGGGCAUGUCUCACGACGCGAUCCGGUAUGGCCGUAUGCCGGAGGCUGAGAAACGGAAGCUGGUGGCCGGAUUGCUGGCCGGUGAGACCACGGGCUCUCAGACCUCGGGCAGCUCCAACCUCAAAACACUCGCGAAGCGCGUCAACACCGCCUACCUGAAGAACCUUAACAUGACCAAGAAAAAGGCUCGCAGCAUCCUGACUGGCAGGACCACUUCCAGCCCGCCGUUCGUGAUCCAUGAUAUGGACUCGCUGUGGCAGGCUGAGAACGGCCUGGUGUGGAACCAGCUGGUGAACGGAGCUCCGCCCCAUAAGGAGAUUGGAGUGCAUGUGUUCUAUCGGUGUCAGUGCACCACAGUGGAGACGGUCCGGGAACUCACCGAAUUCUCCAAAAGCAUCCCGGGAUUCGUCGACCUCUACCUCAAUGACCAGGUGACGCUGUUGAAGUACGGGGUGCAUGAGGCGAUCUUUGCCAUGCUGCCGUCUCUGAUGAACAAGGACGGGCUGCUGGUGGCUAACGGCCGCGGCUUCGUCACGCGGGAGUUCCUGCGGAGUUUGAGGAAACCCUUCAGCGACAUCAUGGAGCCGAAGUUCGAGUUUGCCGUGAAGUUUAACGCGCUGGAGCUGGACGACAGUGACCUCGCACUGUUCGUCGCUGCCAUCAUCCUCUGUGGAGACCGGCCCGGCCUGAUGAACGUGAGGCAGGUGGAGGAGAUCCAGGACAACAUCCUGCAGGCUCUGAACCAGCACCUUCAGACCACACACCCCGACAACACCUACAUCUUCCCCAAACUGCUGCAGAAGAUGGCCGACCUGCGGCAGCUGGUGACCGAAAACGCACAGCUGGUCCAAACCAUCAAAAAGACGGAGUCGGAGACGUCCCUGCACCCCCUGCUCCAGGAGAUCUACAGAGACAUGUACUGACGGCCUGACGCUCAGACGGACUCGAACUGAAGAGACCGAGAGCCAAACUGUAUCACGACGCUGACCUGCAGCCGGACAGACGUUGAAACCCCGAAACCAAGAUUUCUAUUUUCUCUUUUGGAUGAAAGUUACUAUUUUUGUAAGAUGUUUGUACUCUGAACUCUGAGUGGAGGGCGGCCCACUCUGAGCCUUUCUCCACAGCCUUUACGCAUCUAUGCAUCUCUUAGCGUGAGAGAUCGUUCUCUGCAAGUGCUUAGAGCUACCUUAGCUUAGCUUAGCUUAGCAUAACUUAGCUUAGCAUAACUUAGCUUAGCUGAUGUUAUUUUUACUUAGCUUCGCAAAUCACAGCUUACACUCUGUAAAUAAAGGUGCCGCAAAGGGUCAGUGCUGGGAAAGAACCUCUAAAGCUCCCUAAAGAACUGUGCUUGUAAAAGAAGAUGUGUGAAGAACCUUUUAAAGGUGUAAAGAACCUGGUUCUCUACCAGUUUAAGGGUUCUUUCCAGAACCUUUACAUUUUUUAUUUUAAUAAACUUCUUCAUCUCAUUUAUGCUGCAAAAAAAUUCUAAACAAGUGGAAACAUCUUAGCUGUAGUCAAUACGUCUAAUAUUCCUCAUUAAGAGAUUGUUGUAGGCAUAUUAUAAGAUUUUGUAUAAGAUUGGUUUUAAGUAAUUUUAGCUAUUAACAGUGUUUCAUUCCAUUGACAGAUAAUUUUACUUGUUUCAAAUAUUAUUUCUUGAAAUUAGCAAAAUUAUAAGUAAAAUUCUCUUAAUUGAAUAAAACACAUUUACUAGAAAAAAUGACUUAAAACAAGUAAACAAUGUCCAGAAACAGGUUAAAUAAUCUCAUAAUAUUCUUACAAUAAUCUUAUAGUGAGAAAUAUUAGAUAUAUUGACUAGAUUUAUGAUGUUUUCACUUGUUUAGAUAUAAUCUUUGCAGUAUACAAAAACAGUUCUCUUAAGAACCAUCCAUUUAAAGGUUCUUUAAGGAGCCAAAAAUGGUUCUGCUGUGGCGUCAUGCGAAGAACCCUUUCUGGCAGGUUUAUUGAGAAGACUGUAGCUGCUCUUCCUCCCUCAGGCCGCGGGUCGUGGACCAGCUUAUCGUCAUACAGCUAUGCUAACACUCACAAUCUUUAGCAGAUCUGAAGAGUUUAGCUUAGCGCUGCGUUCUCUGGUGAACGAGGCAGUUUGAUCAGUAACAAAGGAAACGUUCUGGAUAACAGAGCACUGUGAGAACAUAAAGCAAUAAUGACGACAGAAACUUCACAGCUUUAGCUGUUUUAGCUCUGCUAGACAGCGUAGCCUCUGUAGCUAACGGUGUAGCCUACAGCCUUAACGUAGCUAGCAGUGCUAAAACAGCUGAAGCGUCCCCAGCUAACAAUGCGGCAUGAUAAUCAUUCCUGUUCUCGUGCUGCUCUCAGCAGAAAACACACAUGCGGCCCCUCACGCUGCGCUAGCUUGUGGCGCUCAGGUCCAGUGUGGAGUGCUGAACGACGCAGGAACUUCCUCUUUGCCAAAAUACAUUUGAUGGACAGAUUGUUACAACUUAAUAACCUCAGACUGUUUUUUUGUUUGUGUUUUUGCUGUUAAGGCCGUCGCACACCGGACGCAUCACGCAGCGUCACUCAGCAGAGCGCUGCUGUAGAACACCAGCAGGGGAGACGAUAAGCGCCAGGUUUUACACUCUACUCAUAAAUUAAAAGGAAUAAAUCAUUCAGCAUCACUCAUCACCCUCAGCAUCAGGUUUCUACCUCUACACAGACUGGCUGUUAUCGAGCUCUGAAAGGCUAGGCUAGUAACGCUAGCUGAGGUAACCUAGCGUUAGCAUCUGUCUGUUUGUCUGAAAGACUGACUGCCGUCCUCGGUAUGAAUUUAUAGCCACCACUGAGGCUCUCUGUGGUCUCAGUAUGGCUUUCGUUUAAUGUACACUGCAAAAAUGGUGUCUUGUCAAGUAAAACUAUCUUAAAUAUAGUCGAUAAAGCUAAUAUUUCUCCUGUUGAGAUUGUUGUAAACUUAAAAAGAUCAUUUACCUAAUUUCUAAUUUUACAUUUUAUACUUGUUUUAAGUCAUUUUAUUAAGUAAAAUUAUCUCACUAUAUUGAGAUAAUAUAAAACUGGAGUAGUAGAGGGGCAUACCAAGAGACGGAGUCGACUAAGCAAGCACAAAUCCAAAACCGGCGAAACAGAGUCACGUGGGAGUCAGAGGCAUCAUGGGAAUUGGAGUUCUGUUUGGCUCGGGAGCCGAAGGGAGGCGUGACAACAACCAUCUCAAAAUGUGAAAUAAGAUCGUUUCACUUGACAAGAUACCAUUUUUUGCACUAGUGGCUAAACACUGUGUGAUGCACUGAGAAGCCGAACAGAGCUCGGAGUCGCGCCGCGCCGGUGUGUGAGUCUCCGUUAAAAUCAAUGGUUUUGAGUUUUUGGACGAUGCGGCGCGUCUGGUGUGCGAAGCCUGUGGUGUUCUGAGCGAGUGGGCGAUAAAGCUGUGAAGAGAAUCACAGGGUCCUGAUCUGGUUAUGAUUACUGAACAGUUUAUUGAAGAUUAUUUUUUAUUCUUUAUCAGUUAUUUGUGUCUCAUUAGCCAAAACUUUGUUUAUUAAUACAAACUGAUUCUGUUUUUUUAUCCACAAUGAAGUCAGAUCGGUUAUGAUUGGCUUGAUGUAAGUGGGACGUUAUUGAUCUGAUGUACAGCUGCCCAACGUGGACAGAGCAGAGAUUAUUUUGUCGGCCUUUGUAUCCCAGCGGCGUGGCUGAGGACAGUUAUGACAAAAAUCACAGUUUUUCAGACUGCAGGAAGGUCUGUGAUUGGUUACAGCCGUAGAUAUACGUAUCAGAGACCUGGACAGUGAUGUGAAACCACUUGGCUGCUAUAGAUGUGAUGUAAACAUGGUCCCUGGAAGCUGCAUAUCUAAUGAAAAUGCCCAAUUUAAGAGUCGAGACGUUUCCUGUGGUAUUAUCCAUGUAGGAGUUUUAUUUUGUGUAAAAAAGCUGAGAUUACUGACGUUAGCUUGCAUGUAUUGUCUAGCUUUAUGUGCAUUUAGCAAAGCUAGCUAGCCCAAUUUCAGCUACCUUAAAACUAAAAGUUAGCGAAAGCAAUUUUACCUAACGGAUUAAAGCUGGUUGACCUAACUAAGCUAUUUAUUCCACAAAGUUCAGUUAAACGAGUGUGUUAUUAUCUAAAGUUAGCUUGUGGAUGUUGUAGCUUCAUUUUUAGCAGAGUGAGCUUAAAGCUAACUUAACUAAAGUUAACAAUUUUAGCAACCAAGCAAAACUACAAGUUAGCAAACGCUUAACUUAGAUAAGUUAGCCAGUUUACCGAGCUCAGUACAGCUAUCAAACUCAACUAGCUGACCAGAUUAUCUCAUUGUCCUGUUUUUGUAUUGAUUAUUAUGUCCAUUAAUUUUAUAUCUAUAAUUUUUCCUUUUAUUUUUGUGCUAUUAUUAUUAUUUUUUUUCUCUUUUAUUUCUAUGGGUGUAAACACCUUGAUAAACCGAAAUAAAUGUAUUAAUAAUGAUAAUAAUAAUAAUGAUGAUAAUAAUAAGAAUUUGCUACAUUAGGCUGUUUAUUUCAGUUCAGUUUAGCAAGUAAGUAAAAACUCUCGAUCGCUUACACAAACUAUUAUUAUAUAUGAAUAUUUUAAAGAAAAAACCUUGAAAACAAUCAGUGAAAGUCAGUAUGAGGCUGAUGGGGAGCACUUACAUUCAGGGAGUAUGUGCUGCUGGAUAGCUUCAGUAGAGCGCCCUCUGGAGGCUAAUCUAGGUCUCUAAUAUGUAUAUGUGUGGUUAAAGCACAUGACAGAGUUGUGUGAGAUGUGCUGGAACAGUUACUGCUGAGUUACGAUGGACACGGUUGUUUCUGUUGCUAAAAGCAAAAUGCUAACAGAACGCACCACGUUUUGCCAUAAAUGCUGCUCCUGCAUUAUUUUCUAUUGCAGAUGCCAAAUCCUGUGCUAACGGUUAAAGUGAUGUGCUGUGCAGCGCUAACUCUCCGAGUACCGCACCACCCAUUAAAGUGAUAUUUGUGCGGAAACCUUCUGAGUUUAAAGCCGAUUCACAGCACGCCCGAUUUAUUUGGACGAACAAACAGAUUUUUAACGUAGCGGGACUUUUACACCGAAUCCGACCAUAUAUUUUCUUUAACCUCUGUAUUAUUAUAGUCAUUGUGCUGCAGGUCGUAUAAACUCUUGUGCUCUGCUACAAACAUAAUGAGUUCUGCCACCAUCUUGAUUUGUUUGGGCUGCGUCCACAUAGUGCAGAAAAGCAGCGUCGCAGUCUGUUGGUUUCGGACUCGAUGUGAAAGGCGGGAUUAAUAUACAUGUUCGCUUUCAUAACUUGAUGUUUUUUCGUCCAUAAAAAUCGAACAGUGUGAAUAGGCCUUCACCCUGAGUGUAGUCGAUCAGCCAAGACAUGUUUGGUGUCUGAAGGUUGUUUGUUUAUGCCGGGAUCAGACGACAAAAAUUCAGCCUAACUUUGACACGAUUUUGUCGCAGCCAACAAAUUCCCAGCGUCGACCCCAGUAAGAGCGUCGGGAACGAUGAACGGGUCCUUUAUUGUGACAUCAUCACAGUGAUGUGGCAUCUGGGACGCCCCGUGAAAAGUCCAGCAUGUCAGAAUUGUUCAUUUCCUGCCUCAUCUAACGUCUCCUUCGACGUGCUCCUCGUCAUUAACCAAUAACUGCUGUUUUAGCUUUAAGGUGGAACAACGAAACAGGAAAGGUUCUUUGAGCUGUGGCAGCAGAACCCCUGCCUUUCUGCCGUCUCCUCGAGGGAGAACCAUGACCGAGUCAUAAAAGAUAAACGUUAAAAAGAGAAACAGCGUUUAUAGAGACUGUUAUAUGUAGAGAGAGACCAGAGAACCUGGUAGCUCUGUUUAUGUAAUGUUCUUGAUAUGGUAACACGUUCGUUAGCGGUUCUCUCUGAAGGACAGAUGACCCACACUGUCCUCUUCUGACACCCAGAGACGGCUCCACAUUCACUUUCAUCUUCUUUUUCUCUUCAGAACAAAAAACCACUUCUUGACCUGCCUCGCCGACAACCUAUGAACUCACGCAAGAGCCUGAACGAUGGUUGUUUGGCGUCUUGUUGUGCUGCCAGUCUCUCGACCAAGACACGGCACCAAAUCAUGGCACUACGAUUGCCUAAUUUGACCAUCCGGUGAGACAAAAAUACCGUGUAGUCUGAUCCCAUCUCAAAAUGAGAAAUACUGUACUGUUUACUAGAUUUACGAUAAUUUCAUUGGACUAGUCACCAUUUAUUGCAGUGCGUUUGCCUGCACGAUGCUAAAAGGCCUCUGUUAGCUACAUUAGCCUCGUAGCUCCAGAGCUAAAACUAAAGAAGUGAACUUGUCUUGACUGAUUGACUACAUUUGGAGUGAAGGGGGGGGGUCUUUUUGCCAAACUAUCGCUUUAAUCCCGCUGCAGUGUAAGUGGUGUGAUGCUGAGAUGCUGUAAAUCAGGCCGCAGAUCUACAGUAAUAACGUCUGAAUGUUUCUUUUUGCUGAAAUGAACAUUUCAAAGCUAAUUCUUUAAGCGGCUGGUGUUCAGCGCCGCUGCUGUCGCUGUGAUUCAAACCUCAGAACCGUUUUCUGGAACUUUCUUUCAUUUAGUUUCUGUUUGUCAGACAUUUAAAUGACGGUGCUGCUAAACUGUUUUUGUCCUUUGUUCUGAAGCUGACUCUUCCUCAGCCGGAGGCGGGCCGAUGAGCUGUUGCUGUUGCCACGGUUACCGUCUCCGUGAUUACAGUGCGGCUGUAGCUCAUGUAAUUCACUGUCAUGUCCAUGUAAUGUAACAGUUAUUAAUGUUUUUGCCAUAUUUAAGUGAUGAAUACAGUCUGCUAUGCAACACCAGAGCACAGAACAAUCAUACUGUAUAUAUAUACACUCACUGACCGCUUUAUUAGGAACACCUGAACACCUGCUCGUUCGUGCAGUUGUCUAAUCAGCCAGUCAUGCAGCAGCAGUGCAGUGCAUUAAAUGAUAUGGGCAGCAUAUUUUCAGGUGAUGUUCACAUCAGCCGUCAGAAUGUGGAAAAAUGUCAGUGAUUCUGACUGUGUCCACUGUUGCCCAGACAGGCUGGUCUGAGUGUUUCUGUAACUGUUGAUCUCCUGAGAUUUUCACACUCAGCGUCUCUAGAGUUACUCAGAAUGGAGCAGUAAAGAAAAACAUCCAGUGAGCAGCAGCUCCACCGAUGGAAACGCAUUGUUGAUGAGAGAGGUCAGUGGAGAAUGGACAGGCUGGUAUGAGCGGACAGAAAGACUACGGUCACUCAGAUGAUCACUCUGUACGAUUGUGGCAAUCAGAAAAGCAUCUCAUAACGAACAACACGUCAAGCCUUGAGGUGGAUGGGCUACAACAGCAGAAGAACCAUGUCAGGUUCCACUUCUGUCAGCCAAGAACAAAAAGCUGAGGCUUCCUGGACAGCUGAAGAUGGAAAAACGCAGCCUGGUCUGAUGAAUCUGGAUCUGGAUGGGACACGCAGAUGGUGGAGUCAAAAUUUGGCACCAACAGCAUGAAUCCAUGGACCCAACCUGCCUUGUGUCAGCAGUCCAGGCUGGUGGAGGUGGUGUAAUGGGGUGGGGAAUGUUUUAUCGGCCCGUUAACACUGAUCAAUCAUCGUUUGAAUGCCAAAGCCUGUUUGAGUGUUGUUGCUGACCAUGGCCACAGUUUCCUAUAUUCUAAUGGCUACUUUUAGCACAAAGCGAAUGACGACUCACGAACCUUACAGUGUUCCUCAGUGGCCUCAAAGAAAUGUUUCCGACAUCCUGUGGAACCCAUGCCAUGAAGAAUUGAGGCUGUUUCAGAGUAAAGGGUAUCAGUGUAGUGUUCCUAAUAAAGUGCUCGCUGAGUGUAUAUAUGUAUCUACAGACACACGUAUCUGCACAUAUAUCCACAUAUCAGUUUAAUCAAUAUCAGAAUCUUUCCGUUCACGUUUCAGUCCGUGUUCAGUAAGUUAGGGCCUGUUUGAAAAGUUUUACUUGUAUGUGAAUAUGUUGAAUAAAUGAUGUAAUCUAA